GACCACCACCCUUCCCUCCCCUCCCCUCAGUCCCGUGCCCCCCGCCUCUGCCUGCCUGGGUUACCCUACCACCCCUCCUCCCACCCAUAGCCGAGGCCAGAGGAGAGAGAGAGAGAAGCCAGGGCUUGGCUGGUAGAUGCGCGAGUAGCGGUGUCUGCCAAAGGCCAAGGGGAAUGGGAGGCGACGGCAGGCCCAGCGACGGCGGCGGCGGCGGCGGCUGCGCCGGCCACCCGCACCAGUUCCAGUACCAAGCCCUCCUCGCCGCCGUGCACACGCAGAACCCCAACCACAGCCACAACCUCCCCUUUCCCCUUCCUCCCCUCAAUGGACCUGGACCUGAUGCAUCUACACACAAUGCUGCUCGCCAGCCUCCGACGCCAAGGGGGUUUGCUGAUUGGAGUGCGUCCACCAGCGCCUUCACGUCCCUUGCUGUGCAGAGCACUCCUUCCACAGCUACUGCCAAUGCAUACCAUUACAGCCUAUCUCCUUGCUAUGCUUUCUGGACCCAUUACAUGCUUAACAAGAAUGCAUAUAGCUACUAUCCUGCACCUAAUCAGGAGCACACCCACCCUUUCAGCCUUGAUAACAACCAGGCUAAAGAUCCAGGUUCUAUACCCAGCUUUGGGAUUGAGUCAUUUAAUACAACAUCCCUGGCACCAAACAUGUCUGCUCAUAUGCCUCCCAUGGAAGGACCCCUACCUACAAAGGAACCUGAGGCUCCAGAGGACAUGCCUGCUAGAGUAGCUACAAUUAAGGAUGAAAUGGAUGCCAGAAAUGGUGUUGAACUUAAAUGUGAAACAGUUGACGCUCUUCCAGAGUUGAAGCAAGGUCAUGAAAGUUGUGCCAGUAAAUUCAACUCUGGAGAAUACCAAGUUAUUUUGCGCAAGGAAUUGACAAAGAGUGAUGUUGCAAAUGUAGGAAGAAUUGUGUUACCCAAGAAGGAUGCAGAAGCUAGUCUUCCACCAUUGUGCGAAAGGGAUCCUGUGAUACUGCAGAUGGAUGACAUGGUGCUCCCGAUUACGUGGAAAUUUAAGUACAGGUUCUGGCCAAACAACAAAAGCAGAAUGUACAUCCUGGAUUCUACAAGUGAAUUUGUGAAGACACAUGGUCUUCAGGCAGGGGACGCACUCAUUAUCUACAAAAAUCCUGUGCCUGGCAAAUAUAUUGUCCGAGGGGAGAAGGCCAUUCAGCAGACAAAUUAGAGGAUGUGGAUGGUGAUUGCGACCGCGUCAGUGAGGACAUUUCAAGCGAGGGAUGUGGGUUCGCAAUCCAAGGGAACUCGGAGUUGAGCUGGCUGGGGAAUUCAUGACAGUCUGACUUGUUAACUGGGGAGUGAACGGAAAAAGAUUGGAUGUGCGUGCUGCCAAAGAGCUUGCUUCUACAGCGCGACAUCCAAGUUGAGGAGACCCUUUUGCCUAUUUUUUUUGUUCUUCUUUCUUUCUUUCUAAUUGAGUUGCAUUUGGAAACUUUGAGUUCUACCUUCUCCUUCAGAAUAGCAUUUGCGGUUCUGUAAAUAUUCUCGGAUCCAUAAGAUAAAUGAAGUGGCGUGGACUUUGGACGUGCUA